AUGCGUAUCUGUGGACACACGAGAACGCCCGCGAUGGCCGACCAACACGAGGUCGAUCUCGACUCUAUAAUCGACCGCCUUCUCGAGGUCCGCGGCAGUCGCCCCGGAAAGCAGGUGCAGCUCUUGGAGUCUGAAAUCCGGUUUCUCUGCACGAAAGCGCGAGAGAUCUUCAUCUCCCAACCCAUCCUUCUCGAGCUAGAGGCUCCCAUCAAGGUAUGCAGAGAACGAUCCAUGAUCUGUGGCGAUAUUCAUGGCCAAUACUACGAUUUGCUGCGUUUGUUCGAGUAUGGUGGUUUCCCCGAGGCCAACUAUCUCUUCCUCGGCGACUAUGUAGAUCGAGGCAAGCAAUCUCUCGAAACCAUUUGCCUUCUCUUGGCGUAUAAGAUCAAAUACCCCGAGAACUUUUUCAUCCUCCGAGGAAACCACGAGUGUGCUUCCAUCAACCGCAUCUACGGUUUCUACGAUGAGUGCAAGCGUCGAUACAAUAUCAAGCUUUGGAAGACUUUCACGGAUUGCUUCAACUGUCUCCCCAUCGCUGCCAUCAUUGACGAAAAGAUCUUUACCAUGCACGGAGGCUUGAGCCCUGACCUCAACUCCAUGGAGCAGAUUCGCCGUGUCAUGCGCCCCACUGAUAUUCCGGACUGUGGCCUCCUCUGUGAUUUACUUUGGUCGGAUCCCGACAAGGACAUCACUGGCUGGAGCGAAAAUGACAGAGGUGUAUCAUUUACAUUCGGCCCCGACGUCGUUUCCCGAUUCCUUCAGAAGCACGAUAUGGAUCUGAUCUGCAGAGCUCACCAGGUCGUCGAAGAUGGCUACGAGUUCUUUUCCAAACGCCAGUUGGUCACGCUGUUUAGCGCCCCCAACUACUGUGGCGAGUUUGACAAUGCCGGUGCCAUGAUGAGCGUCGAUGAGAGUCUUCUUUGCUCUUUCCAGGUUAGUUAUGUUUCCGCAGUCCGAGAACCAUCCAUCGCUAACUCGGCUCCUUCGCUAUUAGAUUCUCAAACCCGCCGAGAAGAAACAAAAGUAUGUAACCCGAGAGGUUCCGGACAGUUCCUAGCCCAACACUCCCCAGUCCAACCGAACCUCCCCCUCGAUUUUACGCUACCCCAUACAUUGAGAGGCAUCCCGUUCCUGUGCCGUCUUCUCAACAAGGACAUGCGGUCUCGCUUCUGA